AUAUUUUAUUUUGCUAAUUUCCCGCACCGUCUAAGAAGCUGAGCAACAACCGUUUAAUAGAACCAACGUAUGAGUAGAUUGUAGUCUGUUUCUUUGGCUAACAGCGACGAGUAAAACCCGGAAGAACAAUAAACAGCCCGGAACAUUUUCUUGCAUUCGAAAUCGGUUAACAUCAUUUAAAGGCUACUUUAGUAAAUGUAACUCGAUAAACAUUUUAAUUCUGAUACUCGUCUUUAAACCUUUUUUUUUUUAAAAAGAUUUUCUUACAAAUUUCUACUCCUGCCUUUCUUCUACUACCAACAUAAUUUAUUAUCAUCUCUAUGUUUAACUUCGUAUAUUGGGCUUCACUAAAGAACAGGCUUGUGUGUAAACUACUAAAUGCAAUGUGACAUUAUUUAUCUUGAUUUAAGGUAUUUCUCGCCUGGUUUUAUGGACGAUGCAGAUUAACAUACAUUACUACCUCCUACUCGGAAAAAGUAAAUUACUGACUACAGUAAAAAAACAGUUACUGCCACCAGCACGUUAAACUGUGUGCUUUCUUUGAGGGGCUGGCUUUAAUUCUGACGUCAUAUUUCUGCGCUCUGUUGUCCACAUUUGAUGCUGAAAGAAACAGCGGUAAGACCCGGGAGCACCUUAUUGUAGACUGCAGAAGAUUGCAAUGAUGCUGUUCCCUACGAGCUUGACCGAGGAAGAGGAAUCGCUUCAGAAAAAAUAUGCGAAGUUAAAGAAGAAGAAAAAAGCUCUGAUGGCUCUAAAGAAACAGAGUUCAACAGGCCAGACCACCCAAGGAGGACUGAAGAGAACACUGUCUGACCAGCCUGUUGUGGACACAGCAACAGCUACAGAACAAGCUAAAAUGUUAAUAAAGUCUGGAGCAAUCAGUGCGAUAAAAGCAGAAAACAAGAAUUCAGGAUUCAAGCGCUCUCGGACACUUGAAGGAAAAUUAAAGGACCCAGAAAAAGGCCCAAUACCUACUUUUCAGCCUUUUCAACGAAGUGUAUCUGCAGACAGUGACAACACAGAGUCUUCAAAGAGGUCACAGAGGAAGAUGCUUUAUGAAAGCUUUGUCAGCUCAGGGGAUCGUACUCGUGAACCAGAAAGAGAGUCUGGAGGAAGCCCAUCAUGGGAAGCCACUGAUCGUGACAGAGAUGCAGACAGAGACCGGGAUAGAGAACGGGAACGAGAUCGAGAUAAAGAUCGUGAUCGCGACAGCAUUGGAGGAUUCCGCAACCAUGAUAGAGACUGGGACAGAGACCGAGAUCGAGGAAGAAGAGAAAGAGAAAGGGACAGGGAUCGGGAACGUGACCGGGAACGUGAUCGAGAUCAGGACAGAGAUAGGGAAAGGGAGCAACCAUUUAGACGCUCAGAUUCAUUCCCAGACCGUCGACCACCUCGAAAGGGAAACACGCUGUAUGUGCAUGGAGCAGGAAUGAGUGAAGAGAGUCUCCGUAGUGCCUUCUCAGCACAUGGAAACAUCAUUGAUUUGUCAAUGGAUUCACCAAGGAAUUGUGCAUUCAUUACGUUUGAAAAAAUGGAGUCAGCUGACCAAGCAGUGGCAGAGCUCAAUGGCACAGUGGUCGGAGAUGUGAACGUGAGAGUCAGCAUUGCACGAAAACAACCUAUGCUAGAGGCAGCCACCGGGAAAUCUUUGUGGGGUUCCUUGGCUGUCCAGAAUAGUGCAAAAGGCUCACACAGAGACAAAAGACACCAGGUUGUGUACACAGAUGAUUUCUGAGGGUUUUGGUUUUUUGGAAAAUAUUUUGAAUGUCAAUGCUAUUCUUACGGAGCUAUUUCACAGCCCACUCAUAUGUUACACACAUAACCUUCUGGCUUUUUAUAUGUGUAAGGUUCUGUGUGUAAAGUUGAAAAAGUAUUUUUUUACUUCAAGAACCAUGUGUUAGAUUACGUUACACCCAGAAGAAAUUAUUUUUUCAGCUGUAUCUUCAUCAUUGUAAAUGUGCUAGUCCUUAUAAAAUAAAAGAUUUAAACUGUCA